AUGUCCCGAGGGUGGUGCAUUUGGGGGCAUCAAGCAUUGAUGGCAUAUGGAAGGACAUACAAAAGAUCGCUGAUGCACUGGGGGUGCACAAACAGGGAGCACAGUUCAUCCAGAGUCUGCAAAGACAAGUGUACACCACAAAGGUGGCUGCCAUGGGCCGGGGUGUGCCAAAAGUUGCAGUUUUUCAGUGCAUGUGAUGAGCCAGAUAUGCAAUGCUUUCUUGGGCACAUGUUUCUCACUGGCGAAUGUCAGAAAGACAUUCUCAGUUUUUUGGAAUGGUAUCUGUGGCAAGGCAGAAGUCGUUUGGUCGCAUCAAUGAACAUUGACAGGAAGCAUCACGAUGCACCUCCAUGGGCGUCCGAGCUUAUUCGACUUCUUGGAGCAGAGGAUGCUCUUGAAGAAGCUGAAAAGUGUGCUGGCUCUCCAUUGGAGCGGUUGAAAUCCUCCUCGGAUGUUGUGAUCUUUGCCCUGCAAGGCCUGAAGCUCAACGAAGCAGCCGCCCAGGUGAAAAGGACUCUUGACACGUUGAGCGACGGCGGGCCGUCGCGAGCCAGAAUGGCGGUUGUGGAUGGGUCGAGAGUUCUUUGCCAACCCGGGCCGUCGAUAUCAGAGUCUCUUGAGGUGCUUCUGGAGGUCCUGCAUCCAGAAGCUCAGCCCUUCGGACACCAAGGGGAACUUUGGAGAUCGCUGGGCCGCGAGAUGGCGUGA